AUGGUACCUUACAAGGCUAUAAAAGCUUCCAACGCCCUCAUCAAUGACUCCAAAUCGACAGCACCUCGCAUCGCUGUAUUUGUCGGUGCCACAUCCGGCAUUGGCCAGCUGACGGCCAGUGCCCUGGUUGCGACAGGCACGAGAGUCCGCAUCUAUCUCAUCGGGCGCAAGAGCUCCAAGGAGCGCGCGCAGAAUUUCAUCCAGGAACUACACUCUAUCAGCCUCAAGGCGGAAGUCAUCUGGACAGAAGGCGAGGCAUCAAUUCUCGGAGACGUCAAAAGAGUCUGCGAUAUUAUCAAGUCCAAGGAGAAGCAUGUGGACUUAUUGUUUCUCACUGCCGGCUACGUGCCCUUUGUGCCACGCGAUGAGACCGCCGAGGGCGUCGAAGUUACGCUAAGCCUGCGGUACUAUUCGCGCAUGAUGUUCAUUCUCCAGCUUCUUCCGUUACUACGCCAGGCCAAAGCAGCGAGAGUGAUUAGUGUGCUUGGUGGUGGUUUGCUAGAGAGACCGAGCAUCGACUUGGAUGAUCUGGAUCUAAAGAAGCCAGGGAGCUUCGGCGCUAUGCAAUCACAGGUCCUAUCGGCAACUAUGAACACAGCGGCUUUAGAGAGGCUAGCGGCGGACAGCCCUAGUAUCACCUUUAUCCACUCUUGUCCUGGAUCGGUCGAUACGGGAAAUGUUAGGAGGGGCUUUGAGCCGGAUUCUCUCAAAGCUUGUGUCCAGCUCGGCGAGAGCAUCAGCGGGACUCGUCGGGGCGGCGAUGACGGUGGCGAAGAGGCCGAAGACGGUAGCAAGCACGGAGACUAUGAGAAUGCGUAUCAGUAG